CCUCCGCAGACUCAGUCGCCUUGUCCCUUUUUAAGUUUUGACCAUUACCCUAAACUCCUCCUCAGCUUCAAACUUUGAAUCAAAAGCUCUCAACAAACCCAAACCCAAAUUCGAACCUCAGCUAAUAUUCAAAUCCCCAAAUUCCGAAAACCCAAAAUCCAAAUCCAGUUUUCAGAGCACAAAACGAACCAAUCAGAGAACCAGCCAUGGCGUAUGUGGAUCACGCGUUUUCGAUAACAGACGAAGACAUGAUGAUGGUGGACUCUUACACAGUCAACAACAAGCCUCCCAUCAAAGAGAUCGCUCUCGCCUUCGCUCUCCUCAUCACCGGCACUCUCGGCAUUGUCAUCGGCGGCCUCAUGGCCUACAACCAUGUCGGCGGCGACAAAGCUCACGGCUUAUUCUUUGCGAUACUUGGGGCGAUCUUGUUCCUUCCGGGGUUCUAUUACACGCGGAUUGCUUACUAUGCUUAUAAAGGUUACAAGGGCUUCUCUUUCUCCAACAUUCCACCUGUUUAGCAUCUCCUUAGCUCUGCUUCAACUUCACAUGUACAGAUCUCUUCUUCGUUUUUUAGUGUUUUCUUGUAAUGGGUUUUAUUUUAUAAAAUUUUUGUUCAUUUUUAACAAUGCUUAUGAUAUAUACUGGUUGUUCUUAAUAGAGGGAGAGCUUGUUAAGCUUAAGUGUACUCAUUAUCUGGCCAAAUAGUGAACUUGUACUCAUCUUGUGUUACAUCAUCUAUGUAGUGGAAACACUCAACUUUCAUUAUGAGUAAAUAAAAA